AUGAUUGGAAAUCCCGGUGAACCUUUACCGGCUUACAUGUGUGGUCCAGGUACAGAAUGCGUCGAAGGAAUUUGUAAAAAAAUGAAAAUUCCAGAUCCUGAUUUUUUUCCCGGUUACGAAUGCGAUCAAGGAAUAUGUCAUUGUGCUGUUAUUGAAAAUAAUUCAAUUAUAAAAAUUUAUGGAGAAUUUCAAGAAUCUGAAAAUACAUUAAACGAAAAACAAUGCGGUAAUAUUCAAUUUAUCGAUUUCCCUUUCCUUAUUUUUUUUAUUUAUAUUUUUACUUUUUUUUUUUGUCUCCUGCCACGUGAUUUAGAAUGUUCACAUUUUACGUACAAAGCCAAAAAAGUUAUGAGUCGUCUGCUAUCAAAUCCUGAUAUAUCAUUACCGACCGUUAGAUGUUUACCAAGUGGACAAUACGAUCCCCUCCAGUGCAUAAAUGACAUGUGCGGAUGCGUUAAUCAAGAAACUGGAGCCUGGGAUUUUAAAAUAAUUAAUCCGAAAAUUCACAUGGUUGGACAAUAUUUUAAAAUAUGCGAAAAAGAAAAAAAUGAAAUAAUGAAUGAAAAAUUUGGAGAAUUAUUUAACAAUUAUCAAAUAAUACAAACUCAUAAAGUUGAAUGUUAUCCAAAUGGAGAAUAUGUACCACAAAAGAAAAAAAUAAAUUCUUCUUCUUCUUCUUCUGCUUCCACACAAGUGAAUUAUUAA